AUGAAAAACGUAAGUUCAGCGAACGCGUUGCUCAACUGGAAGAGGAACAGUUGGAAGUUGGAAGCCAGAAGGGAAAAGCUAGUGGAAGAGAAAAAAGAGGUAGUAUUUCACGAUGCUUUUACUCCGGGAGGUGGAAUGUCAAACGCAGUGAUAUCCGAGGUAAUAAGUGGUAUUUCUGGAGUUUCUGAUAUGGGUGUCGUCGGUGGUGGUAGUGGUGGUUGUUACCCUGGCUCAGGGACUAUCUACGAUGCAUGUUUUCGGAGAAGACGAAUAGAAUCUUUGAAAGUUGGUGACGAAGUCCUAGUAAUUACAAGUAAUGGCAUCCAAUCGGAUACAGUUAUCACCUUCAUUCACCGUCAGCCAGAAAUUGUUGAAGAAUUUUUAAAAAUUGUUACCACAAAAAAGAAAAUCCUCCUGAUAACUGCUGACCAUCUCCUGUUUGUGGAAGUAAUGCGCCAAGCAACAGCCAUCCCGGCCAGAGAUGUUAAGAUCGGAGACACAGUGUAUGUGAAGGGGAGCCAUGGUUCAGAGAAGGAUUCAGUUCGAAGCAUCAGCACUGUCUACGAGAAAGGUGCCUACGCUCCAGUAUCCCUCAGCGGAACUAUUCUGGUCAACGAUGUUCACACCUCCUGUUACUUUGAUGUGUUGUCCCAUGAGUGGUCCCACCGAGCCAUGGGCAUUGCUCGCGCCCUUCAUUAUGUGUCUCCAUCGAUGGUGCAAAGGAUCAGUGCUAUUGGAGAAAAAAAUGGAUUCCCAGGUUGGUCCAGACUAGCUCAUACGAUGCUGACAUUGCUCAACUGA